AUGCUAACCGCUAAAAAUACUUGCUGUUCUUAUUUAAAGUUUAAAUAUAUUUUGAAUGCGAAAAAUGAGAGGGAUUUGGUGUUUGACGAGAAGAUGUUGUACAGAUUAAACUGGCCUAUAAUUAAUGAUGAAUUAGAGGGGUUUGAGUUGGACCAUCUUCCUUCCAGUUCUUUUACGGCUUCCAAUUCAGUCAGAAGAGCCAGUUCUUUAAGAAGUUCUGAAGACACUGAAGGAAGGGAAACACCUGUUUGCAAAAAAUCCACAUCUGUAAGAGAUUUGGUUGGAAGCUUCCUAAGCAGAUCCUCAUCCGAAAGAAGAUCUCCUAGCCCAGCAAUAACAAAUAAAAGAAGUGACCCUAAAUUUUUGGACAAAAAUGUUUUAAAAGAAAACAACAAUUCAACAAAUACUUCAAGAGGAUACAAUUUUAAUAAUAAGCCAAAAACCUCAAAAAGUAUUUGGACAAAUGAUUAUAAUCGACAAUAUAGAGAGAAAAGACCUGCUUCCGCUCAACGGCCUUGUUCAGUUAAUUCCUCUCAAAACUUUUCUUUUUGUAAACAAAUAAGCAAAUUAGAAUACCAACAAGAAUCUAGCAAUAAACAACAAUCCAAACAUUUAUCAACACUUUUAGACUCGAUCAUUUAUGAUCAAAAUUUGAGUGAAAAUGAAAAAGUUGUUAAAUUAAGAGAUUUCAAAAUAGCUUACCCAACAAUAUAUCAGGCAAAAUUUGGUAAAGAAAAAUUAAAUGAUACUCCAAAAAUUAAUAAUUUAUCUUCAAUUAACAACAACAAUUUAUUAUUAAAAAAUAAUAAUGAAGCAGCAACAACAACUUCCUUAAGCAAGAAUUUUAAGAAAAUUAUUUUUUAA